AUGCUCGGGGCAGCGGAGGACGUGCCCACCUACCCGUGGUGGGACGUGGACAGGCGGGAGUGGCUGAUGUGUGGCCAGUGCCCCCCAGGCACCUUCGUGCACCAGCCGUGCAGCCGGGACCACCCCACGACGUGCCGCCGGUGCCCGCCUCUCCACUACACGCAGUUCUGGAACUACCUGGAGCGCUGCCGGUACUGCAACGUGGUCUGCGGGGAGCACGAGGAGGAGGCGCGGCCCUGCUCUGUCCUCCACAACCGUGCCUGCCGCUGCCGCCCAGGCUUCUUCGAGUUUGCGGGCUUCUGCCUGGAGCACACGCCUUGCCCGCCGGGCUAUGGAGUGGCUGCCCUUGGCACCCCCACCCAGGACACACAGUGCCAACCAUGUCCCCCAGGCACCUUCUCCGCCAACAGCUCCAGCUCAGAGCAGUGCCAGCCCCACAGCAACUGCACAGCCCUGGGCCUGGGCCUGAACGUGCCGGGAACCCCCUUCCGUGACGCCAUGUGCACCAGCUGCACAGGACCCCCACUCAGCACUCCAGAGCCAGGGAGUACAGGGACCGAGGAGUGUGAACGUGCCCUCGUGGACUUCGUGGCCUUCCAGAACGUGUCCUUCCGGAGGCUCCUGCAGCUGCAGCAGGCCCUGUCAGGCCCGGGGGCUUGGGCUCCCCGCCGGCCCCAGGAGGACCGCCUGUCCUUGCAGCAGACGCUGCGGAGGCAGCUCACGAAGCUGCGCGAGGCCCGGCCAGGGGCGCUGGCGGCAGGGCUGCUGCAGGCCCUGCGCACGGCCGGGCUGCGGGGGGUGGCGCGCACCGUCCGCCAGCGCUUCUCCCUGGCCAGCUGA